AGUCAACAGAGAUGUACUUGUCCCAAUUACUACAUUGAAGCCCAAAAUGAACUGAGCCAAACACGAACACCCAUUCUACCAAAACAGCCACCAUCGGACAUCGAGGCCAGCAAAAACAGGUUCCCAUUCUUUUUCCGAAUUCGCAAAGAUCUGUACAGAUUUUCUAAAAAUUUUGUUAUGUUAUGAUGUAUGUAUGUGGUUGCAAAUUGCUGCUGAUUUGUGCCCUAAGAACCGGUCCACAAUAAACUCUCGAGUUCCUUCGCUCACACAAUUAUUCGCCUCUUUCAAUUUGGAAUCGAAGGGUAGAAGAUAUCCAUCAUUCAUAUAAUCUAUUUUGAGCUGCUUGUUGAUAGUCGUAAAAGUUUUAGGAGCAAAGAACUCAGGAACAGAUAUGACUACUAGACGUGUUCGUUAUUCCCCUCUUGCCACAGAUGAGGAUGAUUAUAUCGGUGAUAGGAAUAGACCUUUUGACCCAAGAUUUGAUUAUACACCAAAAGCCUUGGAUAAAGUUCCCUGGAAAUCCAUUGCCCUUGCACUGUUCCUGUUAUUCCUUGGUACAGGACUUCUGUUUCUUUCAUACUUUAUCUUCACUGGUCAUAUGGGGGGAGAACGAUCUCAAGCAUAUGGCCUUUUAGCCCUAGGGUUCCUUAGCUUUCUCCCAGGCUUUUACGAGACUCGAAUUGCAUAUUAUGCAUGGAGGGGUGCUAAAGGAUACCGCUUUUCUGCCAUCCCUGAUUAUUAGAGUGUUAUAAUAAAUGAACAAUAGAGCUAUACCUUGAAAACUUAAAUUAUCAAAUUUGGUUGCAACUUGUAUGCUUCAAUGGCACAGAUCGAAGUAAAUGGUAGAAAAGUGUAAUCGUACUACUACUCGAUACUUAAGUAAUUAAUUCGGUGACAAAAUUUAUAAAAAUUAUGCAUUGAAGUUUGAGUUUAGAAAAAUAAGCUUAAA